AUGCACGGUAACAACCUAUCAUUCUUCUGCGUCAAUAUUCCGUCAGCCAUCGAAUUUCUGCCUCCUCAAUCCGACAAAUGGAAGACGAUUCUUCCGCGGCUUCCCACAGGGUUUAUGGCGUGUGAAGCACUUGUCAGCGAACGCAUCUUGCCAAUGCCCCGUCAAACUCGUCGUCUCCUAGUACAAAGAUAUUGGAAUGGAGAUGUUGACUCGGUAGUCAAUGAUAAACGAAACGAGCACUGCCUCAUCCGCCCGUACCUUGGCCGUCGCCGGCAAGGAGCGCGACAAAGUCGCCUGCAAUCGAUUAGCCUUCGCAAUUAUCCCCUUUACGCCGACCAGAUCGAAGAACUGGGCCUUCCGAUUGACGAGUACACGUCGGCAAUGGCAGAUACAUUGGCAUUUCUCCUCUGGACCGUGAGGGUUGAUGCUAACGAUGUCGAGUUCAUUCUCGCCCGCCCCCGAACCUCAGCAAUUGCAACCAUUGAGUCGCAUUCACGGAACACAAGACCAGCGCCGGGCCCGAGCGUUGGAACGGCGGAGCUCGCUACGGGAAUUCUCGGUUCUCAUGCUAUGUGGCUCCUCGAUUUCGACUGUUGUAAGGAGCUCGACAUGAACGAGACCGGUGUCAACGUCGCUGCCCAGCGGUUUUGGCGAAAUGAUCCAUUCUACCCCAACCCAAACUGCAAAUGUCCCGAGGACGAAAGGCUCUGGGCAUUGUUUAAGGACAGGUUUCUUAGAUCUAGUAGAUCAAUUCUGGAAGGAGAGUGUGAAGCAAUUCAGGAGCUGCCAGAGCUAUUAAUAGCAAGGAUUGUGGAGACAAUAGGUGUUUAUUCUAAAGG